AUGAAGACCGGAAUGUACGAAGUCAAUGGCAUAGACCACGUCAAUGCUAAAAUGGAUGCUCUUACUCAAAAGACUGAGAACUUAAACAUAACCCCAACAGCUGGAAUAGCUGUUGUGGCUCCCAACUCCGAAUUAUGCGGAACUACUGGUGGGAAGAAAUUAGAUGGACCAGUUAACCCAAGACUUCAAAACCCAAUCGUGUAUCAAAAAUCUAGUAAAGCAACUAAAACGGUAACAACCGAUGAUCAACCAGAAGAACAAAAGGAUAAAGGAGAGGAAAACAAAAAGGAAGAUGCCGUAGAGAAAGAAAAACCUUAUAUGCCUCCGCUACCAUACAAACCACCUAUACCUUAUCCUCAAAGACUUGCUAAGUCUAAAAAUGAAGGGAAAUUUAAGAAAUUCUUACUUAAAGAUAUCUUAUCUAAUAAGAACAAGUUUGAGGAUAAUGAGACUGUUACACUUACUAUGGAGUUGCGCGCUGUAAUCCAGAAUAACAUGCCUCCUAAGCUAAAAGAUCGAGGUAGUAUUUCCAUACCUUGCUUAAUCGGAAAUUUUGUCAUAGAUAAAGCUUUAUGUGACUUAGGAGCCAAUGUUAGUUUAGUGCCCUUAUCCAUAUGUGAAAAACUCAAAUUAGGAGAAGUAAGACCGACGAGAAUGUCUCUUCCACUAGCUGACUGUUUUGUUAAAUUUUCAGUAAGUAUGCUAGAGAACAUCCCCGUUCAUAUAGGUCAAUUCUAUAUUCCCACCGACUUUAUAAUAAUGGACAUAAAGGAGGAUUCCAACAUCCAUAUCACUUUAGGAAGACCCUUUUUGGCCACUGCUGAAGCUAUCAUAGAUGUGAAGAAAGGAAAGCUAACCUUUGAGGUUAAGGAAGAAAAAGUUGAAUUUAUUAUAUCACAUUUCUUAAAGGCACCAACUAUAGAAUAUUCGUGUUGUUUCCUAGAAGUCAUCGAAGAAUUCAUUAGAGAAAUGGAGAUGGAAUGA